AUGGGAUCCCUCGCGAACCUGCAGAAGUUACGUUUGGAAUUGGAGAGAAUCCAGCAUGAAGACUUGUGCAUGCUUGGGGCCUUACCCGCCAUGCUCACUCUGGAUCUCAAUAACAAUGAUAAGUCUCACUGUGAAGAUAUGAAGAUGACAAUCAGUCGUGAACUUGGGUUCCCAUGCCUGAAAGAGUUUAAUUACAAGACCCAAGAUAGGACGAUGGAUCUCAUGUUUACAGCAAGAUGUAUGCCAAAGCUAGAGAAACCGGAGAUUUGGCUUUCCGGUCAACAAAAUGAAUCUCUCAUUAGUGCUGGUGCUUUCUGUUUCGGGAUCAAAAACCUCUCCAGCCUCGUUACUUUCAGAUUUAUGUUAGAUUGUCCGGUAGCCACAAGGAGCACUGUUGGCACCGUAAAGGAUUCUCUGGAGAAAGAAAUCGGCAAACAUCCCAACAGCCGCCUUAAUCUAAUCUUUGGAUGCCUCAGUAGCUCCUGUUGGACGAAUGACAAAGCAAUCUCUCUCGCUGAAUGGACUCGAGAGUCAAGAUGCUGCUGCACUUGA